AUGCAAGACAACGUCGUGCACCACGCACCAGAGUCAGCUGACGAGCCAACUGAAGGUGCAGCGCUGGAUCCACAGAGUGGCUCGAGGGGCGAACAAAACGCUGUAACGGAAGGUCUGCAGGACACCGAGCGGAAUCCCUCGGACAACGCGCCAAAGCCGGCGCUCCAGCCAACCGAAGGCGAAUCCUAUCGAAUCCUAUUGACUUGGUGGAGUGAGGAAGUCGGAGAGCAGAUCGUCGAACCCAGAGCUGCCUGCGAAGGUCUGCAGGACACCGAGCGGAAUCCCUCGGACAACGCGCCAAAGCCGGUGGUGGGCAUCCGCACGACCGCACAGGAGCAGGACCCGCAGCAGGCCUUGUGGAGUGAGGCCGUCGGAGAGCCGAUCGUCGAAUCCAGAGCUGCCUUUGCGGCAAGGCUCGCUUCCUUGUGCUUCAGGGCUGCAGAGGAUAUCUUCGCCAGCACAGGCAACGAAAAGCCAGCCCCGCCCAUCGAAGAGAGCAGGGAAAACCAGACCACAUUUGAGCAACUCGAAUCGGCAAUGCAUAACGAGGUGGUGCAAACCUUCAAGUUCCACCUCUUUAUGAAAUGCACCCCCUGGACCAAAGUUUGGGACAGCUUCGUCAAGUGGGUCAAAGAACAGGUUUCCGAGAAGGCUACCGCAGCUGCUCAGCAAGGCAGCUGCGUGCUCACAGCCAUGCUCAGGCCUCACGGAGGGGCAGGACAAGUUUCGAAUGCCGCAGUGGCCGACCUUCAUUUGCUGGGCAAGUUGGGCAAUCGUGCGGAGAGGAAAGAGCGGGAAGGCGCGCGCGCCGCAUAUGCCACUGUGACAAAGAACGCGUCGGGACUCGUCCGAGGGCUCCACAGCCAUGGGAACAACGUCCUUUGCUUCCUCCAUCGCGUGCAAACUCUCGACCGGUCUGGGACCAAUCUUGGGAAAGGACGUGCAGAGGGACCUGGCAACCAGCUUGCCGAUCAGCGCACCAUCGAGCCAGCCUUGUGUGGCCAAAGCAUCAGGCGAGGCCAGAUGAGCUCUGGGGCGAUGGCUCCUGAUAUGCCGGCUUCCAUGGAAACAGCCGAAGACAGGCGUUGGGUCGUGCAGGGCACUAUCCAGUCGGUGCCUCCAGUCCGCGAGGCUUCUCCUCGUCGUUCUGCUUCUCCUGCAGUCCGCCCAAGCGAGGCACGGCCUUUCUACGACCUGAUGCGUGAGAUGAGGGACAUGUGGAGUACACCUUUGCAGCCUCCUGUCCAGUGCACCCGGUGCCGGAGCACUGCCACCAGGAGCUAUCAGGCCGUGACUUCACGCGAGAGCAACUUCAGCAUCAGCCAGGGUGCACGCCAGCUGCUGCCAGAACUCAGGGCCCGCCGCAGAGACUUGGACUCCGCCAUCCAGGCUAUCGAAGCACGAUCUGGGGAACUUCGGCAGCGCUGUGCCGAGGCUGAGCGCGAGGCGCUCGAAGACUUCGAGGUGUUGCGGAAUCAUCUCAACUCCGUCGAGAGUCUCAAGCAGGCAGUGUUGAGCCGAGAGCGUGACGUGCGCUUGCGUCUCGCUGGACAAAUUGAGGAGUUCUGCCAGCGUCUCCUCCAGGCUGAUGGAAGCAAUGACGCCGGCACAGCAGCGUUGCGCGCCGAGUUUCCAGAUCUGCAUGCGGCAGCAGAUGUGCUGUGCUCCCGUGCCUGCUCUCUGCCGCAGGUGGAAGUGCCCAUUGACGACGUGCCUUUCGAAGCCCGAGCACGGUCCGACAAGCUCAGGAGGUACGUCGUGGCAGAACGGCUGCUAAAGGCCAGGGACGCCUGCCUGUGGCGAAGGGAGCAGCAGAGAAGACAGCUGGCUGCAGAGACCGCCGAGGGAGCAGAGUGGAUCCGGCACCUUGGAUCCAUGCUGGACCGCUAUGCGGAGGAGCUGGGUUAUGUGUGCUACUUCUGCUCAGAGCGGUUUGCUGCUGCGGCGGCGAACACUCGAUGUGCAUGGAACCAGCCUACCUCCCCCUCCGGUAGAGCCUUGUCUCCGGACAGACGGGUACCACAGCAUCUGUCUGGUUCAGGCGCGCACUUCUGGGUGCCUUUGCCAUCGCCUUCAAGUGCUGCAGCAGCAGCUGCUGUUGCAGGUACUGCGCCAGAUUUCCGUGAGCACCAUGCCUUCCACCAGCACUGGGCCAGCGCGCAGGUACCGCCGCCGCCGCCACCGCCACCGUGGGUCGAGUUUCCGGAGGCUUGGGCCCCACCUCCUCCGCAGGUGAGUUCAGGCUCACGUGCAGCAUCUCCAAGUGCCACAAGGUACGGAGGACAGUCGUUUGCGGGGCCCACGGCACCGAGGCGGGAGCUGGCGGCUUUCGGUCAAGCAGGACCUGGAGGAGCUGGAGAUGUAUCCGUCCCAGUCAGCCGUGGUCCGGCUGCCUUCGUUGAGCGACGUUGCGGCGGCGGGGGCCCGCUGCCUGCUGCCGAGGCAAGAAGUGGCGACUUGCUUGCUGUCUUGCGAGGGCGAGAGGAAGCCGAAGGCUUUGCUCUGGUUUGA